CUGGACCGCCUUCAUUCCAGCGAACUCGACAGAUAAUCUAUCUAGUCGAACAGAAACUCUCGAGUUGCUUCGACUCGAUGAUCCUUGGCGCUUUUUAACCGCUUCCCCCCGCGGACUGAGCGAGCGCAGCUGAGGAGGAGGGUGUCGUUUCGCACGCGGCGAGUUCCUGGGCAUCACAGCUCCGGGAGCGCGUUGUGCUCGGCUGGGUUUCUGAUCCAGCAGCGUUACCUUAGCGCUUCUGGAUCAUUCGUGUCCGAGUUUCUGACCGUCCUGCUGUAGGCGCUCUUCAUCAUGGAGCUACCUGAGGACCUGGCGGGGGUUCCAGACACGAUAGCACUCCGGCUGCUCAACGAGUCGCUGCUCCAGGGUAACAUCAGCGCUCUGGACGACACGGACGGACUUCUUCCCAUCAGCGUGAAGAUCACCGUAGCGGUGGUGUAUUUAAUCGUGUGCGUGGUGGGGCUGGUGGGAAACUGCCUGGUCAUGUAUGUCAUCAUCAGGUACACGAAGAUGAAGACGGCCACUAAUAUCUACAUCUUUAAUCUGGCUCUGGCCGAUGCCUUAGUGCUGGCCACUCUACCUUUCCAAGGCACGGAUGUCCUGCUCGGCUUCUGGCCCUUUGGUCUAGCUUUGUGCAAGAUGGUGGUGGCCAUAGACUAUUACAACAUGUUCACCAGCAUCUUCACUCUGACCAUCAUGAGUGUGGACCGCUAUAUUGCCGUGUGCCACCCGGUGCGUUCCCUGGCCGUGCGAACGCCACACAGGGCCAAACUGGUCAAUGUGGCAGUGUGGGCACUGGCGUCUGCCAUAGGAGUGCCUGUAAUGAUCAUGGGGCAAGUGGAAGUGGAGUCCAAUGGUAAUAUUGAGUGCAUGGUGGUCCUUCCUGACCCUCAAAGCUACUCCGAGCCUGUAUUCGGGACCUGUGUGUUCCUCUUCUCCUUUUUAAUCCCAGUGGCCAUCAUUAGUGUGUGCUACAGCUUGAUGGUGCGCCGGCUGCAUAGCGUGCGUCUGCUCUCCGGCUCCAGGGAGAAGGACAGGAACCUGAGGAGGAUCUCGCAGAUGGUGCUGGCUGUGGUGGCUGCCUUUGUGUUUUGCUGGAUGCCUGUUCAGGUCUUGGCUCUGAUUCAGGCCUUGGGAAAGGUGGACCUAGGAGGCAGCGAGGUUGCCGUAGCAGCAAUGCACUUCUGCAUCGCUCUGGGUUACACCAACAGCAGCCUUAACCCCGUGCUAUAUGCGUUCCUGGAUGAAAAUUUCAAACGCUGCUUCCGCGAGUUUUGCCUGCCAGGUAAUUCAGUUGUAGAACUAGAGGCACCACGGAGGAAAUCAGCAAAGGAGGGUGGAUGUGGCGUAGACGAAGAGCAAGAAUUCAUACAAGGAAAUGGAGGGGCUGUUGAAGAUGCUGCCAUACCCAGGUGUGAAGAGUAGAACUUUGAACCCCAUGAUGCCUGUUUAAAAUACUUUAAAGAAAAUUAAUUGCAAACAAUUUUCCCUUUAUUGUAAAUGUGCUUGAUCAGCCAAGUAUAGAGCCCGAAGUGUGCCUUAAUAUCUGGCAAGUAAUCACAUCCAACUUGAUAAUAACACUGUAUGGUUUUUGACACUGUAUGACAUACUACUAUCCAAAGUAUGGGCUUCAUCUUAAAGUCAACAACAUUGCCAGUUUGGAAAAUAUAUAUAAUUUACGCAAUUUUCCACUCACAAGAUGUAGUAAAUCUGGUAAAACAUGUUUGGAGUCCAGAUUUUGCUUCUUUUUUUAAACAGGAGCGAGGCUAAUUUGCUAACAAACACUAGAAGUCUAUAGUCAAUUAUAUAUGCCCAAAUCUUCUUUUAACCUGCUCAAACCUCAUUCAGUUCUCCAUUAAGGUUCCUCUAGACUUGCUGAUGUGGUAAAAGUUACUGUGAGCAAUAAAAAUGACGAAACUUCACUGUGUGGCUAAACACUGUACGUAGCUAUUUUAGACAACGUGAUGAAUUUGAUUCUCCUUUGUGUUCAUAUAUCACACGUUAUGUUUGCAAUUUCUGCUGUUUCCUUUUAUAAAUAACUGUUAAUCUUGAAUUUAGUAAUUGAAGAUGCAUAUUUUUAAAUAGAAAAGAAAUUGGAAAUGUAAUCUAGAGUCCAUAUGUGUGAGUGACGUGCUAGCAAGAUUCUGUGGGGAAUUACCUACACCUGUAGUCAAAAAAUGGCUGACCACAGGAUUCAGCUACACAGUAAAUUUUUAAUCAUUUUUAUAGCUCACAGUAAAUUAUGCAGCGUUCUAAACCACAGGGACAAGUCAGUGUGACUUUAAUGAAGAGCUGGAUUUGGUGUAAGCAGGUUGGUUUGGGGUGCAUUUACAGAAAAGUUUUCAGUGACUAUUGACUUUUAGUGUUUUUUUAGCUUGUAGCUCCAGUGCUACAAGUAAAAUUUGAUCACCAAGCAUGCCUUGGCUGAUUGCAUCUGGGCUAAGUGAAAAAUUGAUUAAAUUAGAUUUAUAACCAAACUAUAACAUUAAGAAUGAAUAUUGUUUUUCUUUUGUCUGUUUUUACAUUAAAGCAUGUCAAGUGUGAGAUGAUCUAGGCCCGAUGUUAAACUGCUGGCUUAAAGCUUACAUUACUUACUAGCUGCAAUAGCCUCUUAUCUCAAGUUCAUAACUAAGAAACAAACUUUGGAUGUAAAUAACACCUUGACUGAGUGGCUACAUUUUGUCACUAGGAAGAAAUUGUGUAAAUUUAAAUUUUGAAAUAACUUUUGCUUUAAGUUAAUGUUUACAGCCUCGAACAGAUCUGUAGAUAGAGUUUACUCUGUAAAGAAUCCAGGGUAUAAUUAGAACACGAGUUUUAAUCAGCAAGACAAAAGUUUGUGUAACCUGCCUUGCGACUUGGGACAAAAGGGCUUACUUUGUAAAUAGGCUUUUCUUCUUUUGUGAAAUAAUACAGGACCUUAACACCUAACCAGUAUGCAUUUUAUGUUGUAAUGUUAAUUGUUUCUGAACCUGGCAAGAAGCAUAAAGCAUUUGCAAGUUUAAUGUAACUCAAAGACUUUAUACUCUCCAAAAUGAAAGGAUCUAUCGGACGCACUAUAUGGUAUUUAUUGUAUGCUGCACAUAAUGAACGCAAGACAAAAAGGCAUCUGUUAGUACAAAGUAUUAAAUAUAGAUGUAGACACAUAAUCCCCAGUGGUAUAUAUAUAUACCCAUGCAU